UCUAAGUUUGACUGAGAUAUGGAUGAUCUAGAGGAAUUUACUGAUGAGCUAACUGCUGCGGACUUGCUGCCUGAAGAUCAGAAGGAUGCCUUCAAGGAGUUUGUCAAGGAAAGGGUUCGAGAAGGAAAGAGGGCUAAUCGUGAGGCUAGGGAAAAGCGAAAGAAAGCUCGAGAGAACAUGAGUCAAGAGCAAGUGGCUGCAUUUCAGAACAUGAAGUUUUAUAAAUUUUAUCCUGUUGCGACACCUGAUAUCCCGGAUGUCUCGAGUGUCAAGUCUCUAUUUAUAAAUAGGUAUUUUGGCAAGGCACAUGAAGUACUUUGA